AUGUCUAUAGACGUCCGCACGACCUCGUCGCCCGACCAGAAAUGGCUCGACAGCUUCAUCUCGCUCCUCUCGUGCGCCUACCUAACCACCCCGCUCACGACGGCCUUCAUCACCGAGAUCGACGGCACGGACCCGUCGGCCGACCGUUCCCAAGUGAUCACCCCGGACCGCCUAUCCAAGCACUUCACGCUGGGCAUCACCGCGGCGGCCAAAUCCAACGUCGUGCUCUUCGAGGGCGGCAACUUCGCCGCCGCCGCGCUGUUCGAGCCGCCCGACUUUUGCGGCAUCCCGCCCUCGCAGGCGCGGCGCAACCCGGGGCCCAUCCUGCAGGAGUGGCGCUCCGCGGCGAGAAGGCUCAAGGCCAAAUACCUCAGCAUCCCGGACAGCGGGGAACACAGCUACGACCAGCCGGCCGCGCCGUCGCAGUCGAGCGGCGCCCCGAGCGAGGAUCCUUACCCGGCCGACUUCAACAAGGACGUCGACGUCGAGACGCGGCCGUUUUACCACCUCGCCAUGAUUGCGCGGGAUCCCGACGCCCCCGCCGAGACGUCCAUGGCCGCGUUCAAGGCUUGUAUGGAUUACUUUUUGGGCAAGGCCAAGCAGGAGGGCGUGCCCGUGUGGUUGGAGACGGCCGCGGAGAGUGCCAAGGACGAGUAUGAGAAGCUGGGGUUCCGAGUCUGCGAGGAGGUCGUGAUCGGCAAGGGUCGCGUCAAUGCUCAGGGCUGGCCGCAGCAGGGGGGCGAGGGGGUUAGGACGUGGGCCAUGAUUUGGGACGAACAUUUGAAUUGA